CACAGUUGUAAUAUCGUUAUUAUGUUUUAGAUGCGAUCUUUACAGUGGGAAAGAAUUCCCUAGAUAUAAUCUACACCGUGGGAUGAGUACAUUCACAGGGUUCAUUCCCGAAUUACCGGGUAUUGCCAUCGACUGCUUCGAAGACGCACAGCGCAGUCAAUCGUCGAUAUUCUUUUUGUCUCACUGCCAUGCAGACCAUAUGAGGGGCCUAGACAAGAACGUGCCUCUUCCGGGCUCGUUGCACUUGAGCCCUAUUUCCGGAGUAUUUAUCAAACAUCGUUUUCCUCAGCAUGCCGACGUAGUGCGUUCGUUUCACGUUGGAGAGCAACUGGCUUUAAAAGUGCAUCCUUCAACUGGGGAAGCCCCCUACGAGCUGUACGUGCGCUCACUUUCUGCCGAACACUGCCCCGGAUCGGUAAUGUUUUACUUCGAAGGGAAUGGUACUCGCGUACUAUACACUGGCGAUUUCCGUUUAAGCUCCCAGAAGAAUUUCACGACACAAUCGAGUGGAAUACAGCCAGCAAUAGUGUACUUGGAUAGUACGUUCCUCGAUAAAGACUAUUCCUACUUCCCGAGUCGCGAAGAAAGUACGGCACGAGUUAUACAUCUUUGCACGGAAUGGCUGGCAGCUGAUCAGCGUAACGUAGUAUCAUUAUGGCUUCCUGCGAACUAUGGUUCAGAAGAUCUAUUCUUACGACUAUUUGAUCGAUUGAAGGAAAGGAUACAUAUCUCCGAUAGGCAGCGUGCCCCGUACAAGCACUUCUCAUCGCUAAACGAUAUACUCACCUGCGAUAGUUCAACUCGUAUUCACGCCUGCACCGGAACAAUGCGGUCGAACCGGAAUCUGAACUGCGAAAAGCUGUGCAACGAGAAUAGUACAUCCUUCGUACGCACGAUCCGCCCGUCCGCUCUCCGUUGGCGAGCCUUGCAACCUACCGAACAGUUUUGGAAAGAAUCUAAUAAUCUAUUCUACGUUUGCUAUUCUGCACACGCGAGCUGCAAUGAGCUAGGCGCAUUUCUAGCCCACUUUCAGCAACAUGUGUGUGACAUUCGGCUUAACGUGAUUGCCGACGAAGACGACCGAGUUAGAAAAGAACAGUUGAUAGAAUCAAUGUUGGGAAAUAGAAUAAAUCACGCAACGAGUAACAACGGCGCAGAACGACGAGAUAAGGCUCAGGAUGGUCUUUCUCUAAAUUUAAAUAAGAUUGAAUACAGAACAAAACGGCGUACAAAUCAUCGAGCAGGGAGAACUACCGAGAGUAGUGAAAGUGAAGAUAAUGACUGUGAUUUAUCUUAUUGUAAACUACCGAAGCGAAGUCGCGUAGAAAAACAUUGUGCCUCAUAGCGAUGUGUUUUUCAAAGAUUGUAUUGUAUGUACAUAACGCUAUAUGUUAGAAUUACGGAUAAUAAAGAUAACAUACACAUGC